UGGGUAUGGAAGAAGAUGAAGGCAUAUAAAUAAAUUGUCAUGACCAUUAUAUAUUUGAGAGAGAGGAAGACUAAAGGAAAAUGGAAGUGUGGGUUAAGGAAAGAGGGAGAGUACAAAUACAACUCUCCCAUUUGCCCAUCCUCAUACGAAGAAUAGUCAUUUUCCUUAUACUAAAAGAUAGGCUAAUAUAAUAAUGAAGUCUGUGUCACAUAGAAAGUCUCCAAAAGCAGCCAGAAAUAGCUAUGUCACCAGUCUCUCUCCGCCUUCCCCAGAUGUCCAAAAUUUCUGUUCCACAUAAAAUCCGCAGCCCUCUGCAGAAGAUUCUUCACUGAUUUACUCUCUGAAAACCCUCUUCAAUGGAAUAGGAAUCAGCAUCAUCGUCUUCUUCUCCUUCCCCAAUCCAAUCAGAAGCCAUGGCUGCUGCAGAAGUAAAACCGGAGUCCAUGGCUAUUUCUUCCCCAACCCCAGGCACGGCUCAAGAACUCCCCACCUCCACAGCCACACCCACCACCAAGGCCUCAAAGAAACUGAGCCUUAUCCCACUGAUCUUCCUCAUCUACUUUGAGGUUGCUGGUGGCCCCUUUGGAGAAGAGCCUGCAGUGCAGGCAGCGGGGCCUUUGCUGGCAAUUUUGGGCUUCCUGAUCUUCCCUUUCAUAUGGAGCAUCCCAGAGGCUCUCAUCACUGCUGAGCUCUCCACUGCCUUUCCUGGUAACGGGGGUUUUGUGAUAUGGGCAGAUCAAGCAUUUGGCCCCUUUUGGGGGUCUCUCAUGGGGACAUUGAAAUUCUUCAGUGGGGUCGUCAAUGUGGCUGCUUUCCCUGUCUUGUGUAUGGACUACCUGGAGCAGCUUUUUACAGUUUUCUCCUCUGGUCUGCCCAGAAGGCUUGCUCUAUUGGGUUUCACUCUGACAUUUUCUUUUCUGAAUUAUAUGGGUUUGGUCAUUGUGGGGUAUACUGCAGUUGUUCUGGGUGUGAUUUCUCUCUUUCCUUUUAUACUCAUGUCCUUUAUUGCAAUCCCCAAGAUUCAUCCCCACAGAUGGGUGAGUUUAGGGCAGAAGGGUGUGAAGAAAGAUUGGAAUCUCUACUUCAAUACCCUCUUCUGGAACUUGAACUUUUGGGACAGUGUGAGCACACUAGCAGGGGAAGUAGAAAAACCCCAGAAAACCUUUCCUCUGGCGCUGUUUUGUGCUGUGAUUUUCACUUGUGUUGCUUACUUGAUUCCUCUUUUUGCCAUCACUGGCGCUGUGUCCGUGGACCAGAGUGAGUGGGAGUCGGGAUUCUUUGCCAAUGCUGCUGCCAUAGUCUCUGGAAAAUGGCUGAAAGUCUGGAUUGAAAUAGGUGCAGUUCUGUCCUCAAUUGGCCUUUUUGAAGCUCAGCUGAGCAGCUGUGUGUACCAGCUUGUGGGCAUGGCAGAUUUAGGAUUAUUGCCCCGAUUCUUUGCUAUCCGAUCAAAAUGGUUCGACACUCCAUGGGUGGGCAUACUGCUGUCCACUGCGAUCACCAUUGGAGUUUCCUAUAUGGACUUCUCUAACAUAGUAUCUUCUGCAAACUUCUUAUACAGCUUGGGGAUGUUGCUGGAGUUUGCCUCCUACCUCUGGCUGAGGAGGAAGCUGCCCACCCUGAAGAGGCCAUACCGGGUUCCAAUGAGGCUGCCUGGAUUGAUCAUAAUGUGCCUGAUUCCAUCUGGGUUUCUGAUUGUCAUAAUGGCCAUUGCCACCAAGAUUGUGUACUUGAUCAGUGGUCUGGUGACAGUGUUUGGAAUUGGAUGGUACUAUCUGAUGAAGUUCUGCAAGAAAAAGAAAUGGUUCAAGUUCAGCCAUGAAGUUCAACAAUAUGAACAAGAAUGACAGCCAAUGCUAUCUUAUAUUGGAAUCAAAGGCUGAUACCAGCAGAAUUGAAUUGAAUACAGAGAGCAUUCGGGUGGAUUUACCUACUAAGCGUAGGUUCAAUUUGAUGCCUAUGGCCAUUUUCUUUUGUGUUCAUUUAGAGUUCUUUUGUAGUAAUUCUAUAAAUGGCUUUUAAUAUUUUUAAUAGUUUAAAAUUUUCAUCAUUCAAAUGUUAAAAAUAUUAUAAACAUUUUCUAGAAUCACUCCUAAAAGCACUCUUAAGUA